UUCUGUAGACGCUCGUGUGUAUUUCAUCUAGGAGGUUUGAGUGGGUUUUCGUCCGGUGUCUUUUUCUUUGAAAUGGCUGAAAAGCCGACGAGGCCAGCCUUGUCGAGCUUUCGAGAUUCCGUGGAAUGGACUGAAGAAGAAAUCGGGGAUAUGAUAAAGGAGGAGGAGGAAUCCUACCAGGAUCGAGUGGAUGUUUUUAGAAGUACGAAAGGUUGUGAUUCCCGUUGGAUUGAAAGCAUGGUGGCAUGCAAGCUGGACAAUUUCUUCAAGUCCCUCGGAAGGUCGUUUGAAGAAGCCAAGCAUCGUGGAAACUGGAAUGAGAAAAACAUCGUCUUUCUAAUCAAGGCGGCUGAUAAGUUGGCGGCGAAGCAGGUGUCUGAAGCCUUGAAAUGGGUCAUCAGUCUUAUGGUAAAUGGUGAACCAAGAAGCGCAGAUAUUUUAAACGUCGUCAACUUUUGCGUGCGACUAGUUGUUGCCCUUCAGGAGAACCAUGUGAAAGUCGCAUCCGCAGCCGUCGGCUCACACACGGCAAAUAACGACGUUGGUGUUCAUGAGGUCAUUGAGUUGCAUCUUUUGCCUUGGCUCGCAAAAACUAUCUGCAUUGCGAGAGACAACGGGGUUCGGUUGCAGGGCGUUCGUUUGAUCCGGUUGAUUUGCCAUAGUUUGUCUGAAAUGGCGGCUUUGGAAGUUGGAUUGUUUGAUUUGCUGACGGAGGUGAUGUUGGAUAGGGCGCGUGACAGGAAUUCGAAAGUGCGUUGCGAAGCUAUGGAUGCUUUGCGAUUCUUUCAAAAUGUGCAAGACCGAGGGUGUCCUGUAGUCAAAGCCAUCACUUUCCAUUGUCAGAAAGAUCCGAAUUGGCAGGUCCGCCGAGCGGCGUUGUCUUCAUUGCAAAUGGGAACCCGUUCACUGCUAGUUAUCAUCGCUCGAACAGCCGACAUUAAUCCGAACGUAAGAGCGACAUCUUACAAGAUUAUCGGUGCCAAUGUCCCUUACGAUAAAGUCAAUGCUGUGAAUCGUCAAAUAAUCUUGAAGCGAGGGCUGAGUGACAUCGAGCAGAGAGUGAGAUCAGGUUUUUCGAAACGUGUCCUGAAGAAAUGGAUAGCUGAAGACAAGGGAAUUUUGAACUUUUUGCGGGAGAAUGACGUGACGUCUUGUCCUGAAAUCAUGCGAGAUGCGUUGAAGGCUUAUUUCGAGGAUCUCUUGCCCGAGGCUAUCAUUGAGCCUGUGAAAGAAGUGUUGCAUGAUGCAAAAUCUGUGAUCAAAAUCGAUCAUCUUACACCGGAAUUGUGCUUUUAUUGGAAAGGAGCCUAUGAAUAUCUGAAAGCCAAAAUUGAAUCCGAAUUCCCGGAUUUUGAUCCAGAAACUAGACCAAAACCGUUUGUAGAGGCGCCCGAGACGGAAGACGAGGACAAAGAAAACCGGAAUGAAGCAGAACAUGGCAAUAGGAUGCGAUUAUUUGAAGCCUUGAAGCAAAUUCAACCUUUGGAAGUCCAUUUUUUGGAUUACGUUUUCGAUUUCAAAAAAAGACUGAACAACGUGGAAGCUGUUCGAGACAAUGAAGCUUCACGAGCACUUGUUGAAAAAAUUGAACGUCAUUUCAUGUUCAAUUGCCUGCUGGAAAUGCUGCAAUUCUUCCCUUUCACCGACGUUGCUGCGAGGGACAAACUGUGUGGAAUGCUGAAGGAACUGUUGGUGGAUGUCGAUUUGCCAAAUACCUUUCUUCCAGCGGCGUGUGCCAUGAUGACAAAAAUAUUCGAAACAGAAGAAGCUCAAAACGAACUUCUGCUUGAAAUUGUGUCGGAUAUCCGGAAGCCUUUGAGGCCGGAUCCAGUGCCUGUGGUCAUUCAAACCGAGUCCAGGCCGCUCAAAAGUGAUCCUACGAUGGAUCUGAAAUUCCAGGCUGCGUUGCUGCUGCAAAAGCAGCUUCGUGACUUGCGUCGUAACCCGGUCGAGGGGUUCUCAGCGGGUCUGAUCGAUGACAGCGACAUUUACCACUGGGAGGUUGUCAUAUUCGGCCCAGCUAAUACCCCUUACGAUGGCGGGCUUUUCAAGGCCCACCUCAUUUUCUCCAAGGAGUACCCGAACCGGCCCCCGAAAAUGAAAUUCGUGUCGGACAUGUGGCACCCCAACAUCCGCCGCAACGGGGAAGUGUGCAUAAGCAUUUUGCAUGAGCCGGGCGACGAUUCGUGGGGCUACGAGGCGGCGAGUGAGCGAUGGUUGCCAGUGCAUACCGUCGAGUCCAUUCUACUGUCGGUCAUUUCCAUGCUGGCGGAUCCCAACACGGAGUCGCCGGCGAACGUGGAGGCGGCCAAGCAACUCCGCGAUAAUCCCGAAGACUUUCGCAAACGCGUCCUCGAAUCUGUCCGAAAAUCUCAGCAGUUUGAUGAUUGAUUUUUUUUUUUAUGAAGCGAGGAGAAGGAAAAAAACGGAAUAGACACGAUUUGUUUUUCGAAACGAGGUUUUUGGAAGAAGGGAAAAAAUUUCGGCGUUGCUUUUUUGGCAAAUCUUCGCGAAAAUGUCAACAGUUUGAUGAUGGAAUAUUUUGGAAUGGAGAAGAAAAGGGAAACAGAACAGAUGCG